CGUGGUUCGGACAUGUUUGUAUGACUGCGGCUUAAGAUCUAUUUUGUAUCUUGUUUAACUCAAUAUUAUUUAUUAUCUAUGCUGUAGUCUAAUAAUUUAAACACAUUAAGAGAAUUAUUCUGUUAUUCUAUUACAAAUUUUCGAAAAUAUAAAAUAUGUCAAUGAAACAUCUGGGCAAGAAAUUAUAUUACAUACCAAGACCUACACGAUGGACAAAAGGAAUUGGUGCAGCAUUACCAGAAGAAUAUAAAAAGUUUUGGAAAGAAUGGAAAAUGCAAACACCAUCUGCUGUUCACUAUAUAGAGCAAAAGGGCAGAUAUGUAAAAAACGAAGAAACAGAAGAAGUAUAUCCAGUUCAAAAUGUACCAUUACCCUUAUUAUAUCCUAAGGAAUUUCAUGAAGGACUAUGGGGUGGUGAAGCUAUCAUACAAGGUUUUACAAAGAAGCACAAAUAUGCUCGCAGAUACCCUCGCUUUUGGUUUCCUACUCUUAAAAAGUCCGUAGUUUAUAGUGAAGUUCUAGAUAAAUACAUAAGUGUUGUUGUUACCAAUAGGACUAUUGAUUUAAUAAAUGAACAUUAUGGUUUUGAUCACUAUUUGUUAAAGACUCCUGCCUGUGAUUUAAAGUCCGAGCUUGCACUAAAAAUAAAACGUCAGAUACUUUUGUCAUUGCUUGAUAAAACAUUAUAUCCAGAUGAUCCUGUUAAAAAAGAAGAAAUUUAUAAUAAAUAUAAAGAAUAUUUAACAGCUUAUACACGAGGUGAAAUUGAAUGGUAUGGUUUAACAUAUAAGGAAGCUUGUCAGAAAUUCAUAAAACAAAAUGAAGAAAAAAACGAAGUGAAACCUUUAAAACUUCAAUACAGGUCUGAGUUAAUUGCCCAACUUAAGGAAGAAGAAAGUCAGAUAGUUGCAAAGAAACCUUCAGUAUGGAAGCUACCCUGGAAUCCUUUCACUUCUUCAAAAUCGAAUUAAUAAGUAUAUUAUAUUGUUGUACAUUAUAAAUAAAAAAUAUGAGGUAGUUAAUUCA